GCUUCGCCAGUUGUGGCGAGGAACCGCUGUCGGCGGGACUUCCGUGUUGGCGGGAUUCUGAACGCUGCCAUGGCUCAGAGUGUGCAGAACGUAACAUUGUCUCUCACUCUGCCCAUCACGUGCCACAUUUGCUUGGGGAAGGUGCGCCAACCUGUCAUAUGCAUCAACAACCAUGUAUUUUGCUCUAUUUGUAUUGAUUUGUGGUUGAAGAAUAAUAGCCAAUGUCCAGCUUGCAGAGUUCCCAUCACUCCUGAAAAUCCUUGCAAAGAGAUUAUUGGAGGAGCAAGUGAAAGUGAACCUAUGCUAAGCCAUACAGUCAGGAAGCACCUUCGGAAAACUAGACUUGAGUUACUCCAUAAAGAAUAUGAGGAUGAAAUAGAUUGUUUGCAGAAAGAGGUAGAAGAGCUUAAAAAUAAAAAUCUGAGCUUGGAGUCACAGAUCAAGACUAUUCUGGAUCCUUUAACCUUGAUGCAAGGCAACCAAAAUGAAGACAAACUUCCAGUUGCAGAUAAUCCCAGUAAAAUUGACCCACAGACUGUAUCGGAGUGGAAAAAGAAACUCAGAACAGCUAAUGAAAUUUAUGAGAAAGUAAAAGAUGAUGUUGAUAAAUUAAAAGAAGUAAAUAAAAAGUUGAAAUUGGAAAAUGGUGGCCUGGUGAGGGAGAAUUUACGACUGAAGGCUGAAGUUGAUAACAGAUCACCCCAGAAAUUUGGAAGGUUUACAGUUGCUGCUCUUCAGUCUAAAGUAGAACAGUAUGAACGUGAAACCAAUCGCCUUAAGAAAGCCCUGGAAAGAAGUGAUAAGUAUAUAGAGGAACUAGAAUCUCAAAUUGCACAACUGAAAAAUUCAAGUGAAGAGAGGGAAACUAUGGAUGCCAUUUGCCAGAGAGCACUUUCUGCAGAUGGUAAGGGAGGCAGUGAGGAAGAUGUGGCAUCAAACAAUCAAGGUGACAGUGCCAGAAAGCCUAGCUCAUCCACCUUAAGUUCUUCUCACCUGGGAAAACUUUCCAGCAGCAGACUCUCUGACACCAGUGCUGCGAGACAGGAAAUCACCUGCAAAACAGAACCAAACCAGCAUAAGAACAAAGAUCUGUAUCAAAAACAGGUAGAAAUAAUGUUAGAUGUAUCAGAUACAAGUAUGAAUACUUAUUUGGAAGGAGAAUGGGGUGGUAAGCCUAGUAACUGUGUUGCCUACAAAGAUGAAGAGCUUUAUGAUCUUCCGGCUCCUUGUACUCCUUUAUCUCUUAGUUGCCUUCAGUUAAAUACUCCAGAAAAUCGAGAGAGCUCUGCAGUAAAAGCAGGAGGUUCCAAGAAGCACUCAAAUCAUCUCAGGAAACUGGUGUUUGAUGAUUUUUGUGAAUCUCCAAAUGUUUGUAAUAAGGAUUGUUCAGAAGAUGAUGUAAGUAGAAAUGAAAAUGAAAAGAAAUCAGAAUGUUUUGCUCCCCCAAAGACAGCAUUUUGGGAUUGUUGCUCUACAAGCUAUGCCCAAAGCUUGGAUUUUGAAAAUUCAGAGGGGAACAUAAUAGCAAACUCUGUUGGAGAAAUACCUUCAAAAUUGAGUGAGAAAUCAACCUCAUGUUUAUCCAAGAGGUUGAAUUCCAUUCGCUCUUUUGAAAUGAACCGGACAAGAACAUCAAGCGAAGCAUCAAUGGAUGCUGCUUACCUUGACAAAAUCUCUGAAUUGGAUUCAAUGAUGUCAGAGUCAGACAACAGCAAGAGCCCUUGUAAUAAUGGUUUUAAGUCAGUGGAUUUGGAUGGGUUAUCAAAGUCAUCUCAAGGCAAUGAUUUUCUUGAGGAACCGAGUAAGUUGGAUGAAAGAACUGAGCUCAAUCUUCCCAAAAGUUCUCUAACUGCUGAUCAGUUAAAAAAUGGAAAUGAAUGGAAACCAACUUCCUUUUUUCUUCUUUCUCCAUCUGACCAAGAAAUGAAUGAAGAUUUUUCACUCCAUUCCACUUCUAAUCCAGAAACUAAUGAAAUCAAACCCUCAAGCUGUUUAUUUCAGACAGAGUUUUCCCAGGGUGUUUUGUUAAGCAGUUCACAUCGACUAUUUGAAGAUGAAAGGUUUGGGUCAUCUUUGUUUAAGAUGUCCUCAGAGAUGCACAGUCUUCAUAACCACCUUCAGUCUCCUUGGUCUGCUUCCUUUGUGCCUGAAAAGAGGAAUAAAAAUGUGAAUCAAUCAACAAAAAGAAAAAUCCACAGCACUCUGUCUAAUGCCAGCCCAUCAAAAGCGACUAAAAGUUGACUCAUUAGGAAGUUGUCAUUUGUGUGCUUGUCCUGAAAGGCAUAUAAAAGUUUGUAAAAUUGCUUUUUUUCCUUUCAUAAAUACAAUUUGAAUUGAUAAUCUUUAGUCAAAUGUCAAGUCAGAAUAGUGGUUUAACCUAUGCCCACACUGAACCUUUUACAUCAUUUUGAAAAGACUUUCUGAUCUUUAAUUUGGGGGUGUUUUUGACCAGAGAAGGAAGGGAGAAUUAUUUGUUUGUUUAAUGAGUAUGUGUGUCUGGGCUAAGUGUGUUUUGUUUCUUGAAUCUUAUUUAACUGUUAGAUACAGUGGCCUAUUAAUAAGGCUCAGUUGUCUUCAAAACUUUUAGUAUUGUCUAUGCACUGAUCAUAAGACACUUGAAUUUCUUUAAAACUUCUACAGUGGAAAUUCUCUUUGUGCCCCUUUUUAUUUAUGUUUAGUAAUGGCCCAGUUUUAUGUAAGACUGUGAUGGAGAAAUAGUACUCUGACCGUAGUCCAAUGUUCAUUUACUUUUUCUACAGUUUUAUGUAUAUGUUUGCAUUUUUUAACAUUGUAGUUUGUCAAGUUUUGUCCAGGCUUAUCCAUGUUCUGUUACUAUAGAAGAAUGCAAUUUUUUACAUAGAAAUAACUUUUUAUAUCAGGCAUCUUACAUUUGCUUUUUCAUUUUAUGUCAGGCAGCUUAUAUGUGCAUAUUCAUCUUAUGUCAGAUAGCUUAUAUUUUGUAUUUAAAAUCAGAGAUUGAGUAUACUUUGGAAGAUAUAGAGCAGUUAGGUUUGUUGGAGGAGCUUAAACAUUAUAGCUUCAUUGUUUCAGAUGUAUACAUGCAAAAGCAUCUUUGCCAAGUUCUUGGUCCACUUAUCUCCCAGGGAAAUGUUUUUGAAAUGAUAAAGUUCUUAUUUGCAUGUGACUGUUCUUUGUGUAAACAGAAUGCAUGAUAACAUUUUUGCUUGCUUUAUUUUCCAUACUUAAGAAAAAGAAGUUUUAGUUGGCUAGUAGACUUUUAUCUGGGACUUUUUUUUUUCCUUAAAGAGUAUUGAGGAGAUAAAGAUAGGUAAUAAUGAAGCACAAUUUGUAAUUUAGGCUCAAAAAAUUAUAUGAUUCUGAACAUGUUUGGUAUGCCUAUGAAAGCCCUCUGAAAAAUGGGUUUGUAUAGUGAUGACUUGUUUAUCUAAUGUGCACUGAACCUUUUACAUUAAUACCAUAUUGUUUUACAUUAAUACUGCUUGCUUUUCUAUGUGAAUUGAAUAAAGGAUGUCAUAAGCACUGUA